AUGAUAGAGGCUGUCUCAUCAGACAUCAGCCCAAAGACAUCCGAGGAAAUCCACUUUUCCGACCUGCCUCGAGUUCAAUCAGCUUACCCAUACUCAAACGAGCGAGCGCCAGCAAGUAUGAAAGCCCUCGUGCUCGCAGCCGAAGCUCGAACGGCGUAUAUUCGCGAUAUACCGCAGCCGGUACCAUCGUCAAUUGAGUUGCUUAUCAGGGUAAAAGCCAUAGCGCUAAACCCUAUUGACCCACUAUACGUUGCGCAUCCACUGGGCAGCUCCGGGCGCACCGUUGGAAGCGACUUCGCUGGGGUAGUAGUCGAAGCAGGUUGCGAUGUGCCCGUGGAGGCGAACCUUUGCGUCGGCGAUGAGGUCGGAGGAUUUUUGCAAGGAGCUUGCAGCGUCAAUGACCGGCCAGGUGCAUUCGCAGAACUUGUUGUCGCACCGUGGGAUCUAGUCUGGAAAAUAUCUAAGCCAGUCGCCAUGGAGCAGGCUGCUGGUGUGAGUCUCGUAGCCCUCACGGCCGCGCAAGCGAUAUGGUACCGGCUGGGCCUGCAAGCUCCGUUUGCUUACGAUCGCGACCAAGUCUAUCAAGAGCACCCGGACUGGAGAGCCACACACAACGAAGCAGAUGGACCUGGUACAACCAACGUUCUCAUCUACGGCGCAUCGACAUCAGUGGCACUAUAUGCCGCGCAGAUGGUACGACUCAGCGCCAGAUCCAGCGGCAAAGCUAUCAGAUUGUACGGCGUCACUAGCGAAGCUCGAUGGGAGUUUCUCAAAACGGAGCCCUACGGGUAUGACGCUCUCGUGGACUAUCGCGACCUCCAUUGGCCAGAGCGGAUCAGAGAGCUCACAGGAGAUGUUGGCAUUCAUUAUGCAUUCGAUUGCGUCUCUGAGGGUAGCUCCGUCGAGCGCACGUGUUCAACCCUCGCACGCAACGGAAAGAUAGCCAUUGUCCGAUCUCGCGAAGGCGGAGCCUGGAAGGCGCCCAACAUCUCGGUUGAGCCAAGCUACGGCGCAGUGUGGGAGGGUUUGGGUGAGGAGGUCCAAUACCAAGGCUUUACUGUGCGACGAUCGCCAGCUGCUCGUGGGUUCACGGUGGCGUUUUACGCAUGGCUCAACGGUUGUAUGGUUUCCGCGUUGAGUACAGCUCCUAUCAGAUUGAUGCCGGGUGGUCUGGAAAGCGUGGUUCAGGAUGGCUUCCAGCUACUUGGUGCGGGUGGUAUGGAGGAAAGACGUGUCAUCCGCACUGAACCGUGGAUGCGACCUGUCAGCGCUGAGAAGCUUGUCUACGGUAUCUAA